AUGGCUUCCAUCGAUCUCAGCCCAAGCUACGUGGUGUCAGCAAUCCCUCGAGCACCCACAUUCAGCCCACCUAGCCACCCUGAAACCGCCAUUGACCUCCACCUGGCCAAUGUUGUAUCUACUAGCCCUCGACUACCCACCUUUACACCACCGAGCUUCCUGCCAAUCAACAUCAACCUCACCAUAGACCUUCCUAGCCUCCGGGAAGUCUUCUCCACUGAGGCCGCCCCUCACCCGGCCACUUCAGUCUCUCCUGAGGCCGCUUUUCCCCCGGCCAAUUCAGUCUCUUCUGCGGCCGCUUCUCCCUCGGCCAAUUCCACCUCUCCUCGGGCCGCUUCUCCCCCGCCAAUUCAGUCUCUUCUGAGGCCGCUUCUCCCCGGGCCAAUUCCACCUCUCCUCAGUCCGCUUCUCCCCCGGCCGCCGCUAUUCCACAGCCCGCUGGCCAUCGCCGAGUACGAUGCCAACGCAAUGUGGAGCAAGUGCUGGGUCCUCCCAGGAAGCGAGGUCAUCUCCACCCAUGCCACCACUCACGACGCCGACAUCGAGAUUUGGACGCAAGUCCCCUCCUUCCUUUAA